AUGGCGAGCGAUAAACCGUAUAAGCCGGCGCUUAUUAUUGUCGACUUUCAGGAAGACUUCUGUCCGCCUGUGAGUAUCUUCUCUGUCGCAUGUGAACAUGGAGAAAUGAGAUGGGAAUGGCUUCAAGCGAAGCUACGUGGAUAUCCUGCGGGAAUGCUCCAAAUACAUGAGGACGCUAAGAGAUCAGCUUGUGUUAUGUACAGUCUGAACACGCGCGGUGUUGGAGGUCAUGUCUCUCAGCUUGAACCGCUUGCUAUGAGACCAUCAAGUUGGUAUAAGUGUACCAAGCCACGCCUUCUCUGCGGCUCCCUCGCCGUCCCUUCAGGCCGCACAAUAGCCUCCCCAAUAAACCACCUUACCACCCUCCCUUUCCCCCUCAUCCUCGCAACAAAAGACUUCCACCCACCUUCCCACAUAUCUUUCGCCUCAAAUCACGCCUCUUCAACACCAUACACAUCAACUACAACAAUCCAGCACCCCAAAGAUCCUUCCCAGAGCUACGAAACAACGUUAUGGCCAACACAUUGCGUCCAAGGCACCCCGGGGUGUGAGCUGGUCCCGGAGCUGGACGUCUCGCGUGUCCAUGCCGUUAUCGAAAAGGGGCAGGAUGAGCGGGUGGAGAUGUACAGUGCGUUUUAUGAUCCGUUUAGGGUGAGUGAUAGUGGACUCGCGGGCAUGUUGAGUGAGCAGGGUGUCACGGAUGUUUUUGUGGUAGGGCUGGCAGCAGACUUUUGCGUCAAAGCUACGGCCGAGGAUGCGCUGAAGGAGGGGUAUACGACGUGGAUUGUCAGCGAAGGGACAAAGCCAGUCAUGCUUGACAAGUGGGAGGAGUGCAAGAAAGGCAUGGAGGACAAGGGCAUAAAGUUCACGUCCAUUGAUGGAGAUGCAGUGGCAAGGGUGAAGACAUAUGCAUGA